AUGGUUUCACAAGCCGUCCUUUAUGCCGGUCAUGUGCUGCCUGUUGGUUUACUAUGGCUCGCUUGCGUAACGGGAUUCUUUCCUCUGAUGAAACUUGGCCCCGAUUGUGACUGCUUCCGCCAUGUUGUGUUGUAUGCUCCAAUCUACGCCGUUCUUCUUCUCGGGAUAUAUGCGAUGGCCUCAGUGGUGCAUGGUGUCCUUACAUUUAACGAUUGUCAGGCUGCAAGGGAAGAAUUGACGACUGUCAUUAUCACUGCAAAAAACGCCUGCUUGCAAAUCCAGAGGCCGUUGUCUUUUUUCUGA